AUGAGUUCUGUAGAUUUAGAAGCUCAAUUUGACGCUGAAUACUUUGCUGAACCUUCGGAGAACAAGAAUCCGCAUGAGUCAUUAGAACAAAUUCGCAGCAACAUCGACCAGCUAAUGGAUGAUUACAGUCACCAAGGCAUUUCCCUCACUGGUCACCUCAUACACGUCUCACACUAUUUGCCUUUCGUUUGUAUGCUCAAGCAUCAGAAUGAGAAGGACGAGCAGAAAGACGAGCCCAGCGACACUCCCAAACCAAUUCUCACAGAAGUUGAUCAAGUUGGCUUCGAGAGGCGUAGCGAUACCCCAAAUCAGCAUUCCUUCCCCAUUGGCCCUUCUGGCGCUUCCUCUGAGCUUCCCAGGCGUAGAAGAAUGUCCACUGUUUCCGCACAUAACAAUUUUAGCCAGCCAAAGUGGACUUUGUCUCAUAGGAGAGGCCACACCGCUAUGAACGCUGGUAUCAGAUCCCUUGGCUCUCAAUUCAGACAGACUAGCAUCGGCUGGCCUGGUGACCUCAGACUUGGCAAUCAACGUGGUGAACUCAUUGAAUCCUCCUCUCUUACUGAGACAGAUAAGAAGGCUCUAGAAGAGGAGCUCAAAGUUCAGCGGGAAACUCAAACUGACGACAUGAGCUGGAUUCCCGUCUGGAUUGAAGAUAAGUUGGCGCACAUGCACUACGAAGGCUAUUGCAAAACCACCCUCUGGCCCUUGUUCCACUAUCUUAUUUGGCAGGAGCAUUUCCCUGAGCAGGACGAGUCGGAUGAUGCUACCUACCAGGCUUACCUGGAGGUUAAUUGGGCUUAUGCCAAGAAAGUGGCUGAGAUAUGGAAACCUGGCGAUUUGGUGUUGGUCCAUGAUUAUCACUUGCUCUUGGUACCCAAGUUGCUCAGGUCGUUGAUUAGCGAGGCUUAUAUUGGAAUGUUCCUUCACUCUCCCUUCCCGUCGUCUGAAAUAUUUAGAUGCUUACCACGUCGCAAGGAGAUACUCGAUGGUAUGCUCGGCUCGAAUCUGGUGUGUUUCCAAACAUAUUCUUACUCGCGCCACUUUCUCUCAAGCUGCAUUAGAGUUUGCGGCUACGAAUCCACGAGCUCGGGUGUGGAGAGUAAUAGCUUCAACACUGCCAUCUCCCACUGUCCUAUUGGGAUUGAUGUGGAGAGGGUGCUGCUUGACAGAGACGCGGAAGGUGUUGAGCCCAAGGUUAAUGCACUUCGACAACUCUAUCACGGCUGCAAAAUUAUUGUGGGCAGAGAUAAACUAGAUGUGGUGAAAGGUGUUGUGCAAAAGCUACAAUCAUUUCGCAAAUUUCUUGAAGAAUUCCCCGAAUGGCGCAACAAAGUUGUUCUUAUUCAAGUAACAUCCCCAUCUCUCCACGAAGAUGCAAAGCUGGAGUCAGAUGUGGCCGAUUUGGUAUCACACAUCAAUAACGAGUUUGGUGGAUUGGGAUUCACACCCGUGCAUCACUAUCAUCAGAUGAUCGAGCGUGAUGAGUACUUUGCGUUACUGUCGUCGGCGGAUUUGGGCCUGAUAACUGCUACGAGAGAUGGAAUGAAUACAACAUCUCUUGAGUAUAUCAUGUGUCAAUCGAAAACAUAUCAAUCGCCACUAAUUCUGUCUGAGUUCACUGGGAUUGGUGGGAUACUUAAUCAGACAGUGAGGAUUAAUCCAUGGGAUAUAUUUGGUACAGCACGCGCAAUAAAUAAGUGUUUGCUCAUGUCAACUGAAGAUAAGGCAAAGAGGCAAACUGAGUUGUUUAGGAGAGUAUCCUCACAUACAUCGCAAACGUGGGCUUUUACGCUGAUCAAGGAGUUGCUUCGUAAUUUAGGUGUUGGUCAGACAGCCAGAGUGACGCCAUAUCUCGAUCACAAGCUAAUAGUGGAUAAGUACAAAAAAGCCAAGAAGCGGUUGCUAUUGUUUGAUUACGACGGCACACUCACGCCGAUAGUGAGUCGACCAUCAGCUGCGGUGCCUGGACAGAAAUUGAAAGAAAUACUACCUCGAAUUACGUCGGAUGAGCGCAAUAUAGUUUUCAUCGUUAGCGGUCGCGAUGGCAACUUUCUGUCGGAGCAUCUAGGUCACAUGCCCAACAUUGGUCUCAGCGCUGAGCAUGGCUGCUUCAUCAAAGAGCCUAACAGUAAGGAAUGGUGGAAUCUCACAGAUAAUAUUGAUAUGAGCUGGAUGGACGAUGUGGAGGAUAUAUUCAAAUAUUUCACAGAACGCACGAUAGGUAGUCAGAUAGAAAGGAAGAAGGCAAGUAUAACGUGGCACUACCGUAAUUGUGAUGCAGAGUUUGGUAGUUUUCAAUGCAAGCAGUGUCAGGAUUUGCUCGAGAGCAAUGUAGUUAGCAAGAAGCCAGUGGAGGUGCUCGUUGGUAAGAAGAACUUGGAAGUACGUCCGCUCGCCGUCAACAAGGGGGAAAUAGUGAAGAGGUUGCUAUACGACCACUCAGACUCAGAGUUUGUCAUGUGCGCAGGAGAUGAUAAGACAGAUGAGGAUAUGUUCAGGUCACUGUCUGAUAUCUUCGUCCUCGCGCCAGGUUCGACUUCUUCGCUGAAACCUAUCAUGAAUGCACCGGUGAGCGUUAGCAUGGGUGGUGAGAAGGAGGAGACACUGCCUGGAGUGGAGAUCAACAUGAAUGCAGACGAUAUAUUCACCGUGACUGUCGGACCGGCUUCGAAACCCAGUCUAGCUGGAUGGCAUUUGACGACGCCAGAGGAGGUGAUUGAUGCGCUAGAGAAGUUGGUGGGGUAG